UUAAUGAAGCCCAAAUGGCUAAACCCUAGAGCCCAACAUCCAACCGCGGCUGCUACCUAUGCUCCUUCCCGUCGCGUUUGCCGUCUGGUGGUGCUCCGCCAUUCGCCUCUUCUCCUACUCGUCUUUCACCGUCGUUCUGCUUUUCCCGUAUCUCCUCCAUUAGUCGUCGGUGGUGCUUCGUCUUCGCCUCUACUUCUUCUCCGCCGUGCCUUCUCCUUCCUCUCUCCCCUUCAGAUUCAGCUGCAUAACUACGAUAACUGCUUCGAGGAGAACGCAUAUGAAUUGAAGCCAUUUGGAAGACAAAAAGGGGGUCAAAUGUCAGCCAAUGAAACUGGCCAAGUGUUCACUCCUGUUCUGUUUGUGUUAGACCUUAGGCGUGUUAGGAAGAGAAAUAGAAGAUUCAAAUGAGAAUUUAGAACCUAUUUCAACAGCAACGCUCCAUAUUAAUGAGGGUAUGGCCACUACGCUCACAAAGAGCAUUUUCAUUCUUACCAUCUCCACCAACACAAACCUCAAUCACAUUACAAGCAUGCUCAUCUUCCAAAUCUCUCACCAAAGCAAAACAGAUUCACCAGCAAAUCAUCAUCAAUGGCACACACCGCAACCCUUUCUUUGCGACGAAACUAAUCCAGCUUUACAUUGAUUGCGAUGACAUAUCUUCUGCAUUGUUCUUGCUCCAUCACCUGCACCCACCUAAUGUGUUCGCCUUCACCUCCAUCUUGCGGUUCUACUCCAGACAUGGGCAAAUGCGCCAAUGCAUAAGAACCUAUGUUGAUUUGAGGGUAAUGGGUGUUGUCCCAGAUGGUUACGUGUUUCCCAAGGUUUUAAAGGCAUGUGCUCAAUCUCAGUGGUUUGAAACCGGUGUUGCGGUGCACAAGGAUGUCAUCACUUUUGGGUCGGAGUCCAACUUGCAAGCUUGCAAUGCUGUGCUGGAUAUGUACUCAAAAUGCGCAGAUGUUCAGAGUGCUCAAAAGGUGUUCAAUGAAAUGUCUGAACGAGAUGUUUUUUCAUGGAAUUCAAUGAUGUCUGGGUAUGUGUCUAAUGGGUUGUUCGAGGAGGCUGUGCGACUGUUGGGAUUGAUGAGAGCAAGUGGGGAUUGCGAACCGGAUGUUGUGACAUGGAACACUAUGAUGGAUGCUUAUUGUAAGAUGGGGCGUUGCAGUGAGGCCUUAAGGGUCUUUCAUCAAAUUAAGGAUCCUAAUGUUAUUUCAUGGACAACAUUAAUUUCAGGUUAUGCUGGUGUUAGGAGACAUGAUCUUGCUUUGGGAACUUUUAGGGAUAUGGUUAAUUUUGGGAUGGUUUUGCCUGAUGUGGAUUCUCUUUCUGGUAUCCUUGUAUCAUGCAGGUUUUUGGGGUCCUUAACUAGUGGGAAUGAAGUGCACUGUUAUGGUGUCAAAGUCAUUUCCGGGGAUGCGUUUUACAAGUCUGCUGGUGCUGCUUUAUUGACUUUAUAUGCCAAUUGUGGAAGGCUAAAUGAUGCUGAAAAUGUAUUUGAUAGAAUGGACAAAUCUGAUGUUGUUACUUGGAAUGCCAUGAUUUAUGGGCUCAUUGAUAUGGGGCUAGCAAACGAGGCAGUUCAAUGUUUCAAGGAAAUGCAAGCAAGCAAUGUAAAAGUUGAUCAGACAACUGUAUCUACUCUAUUGCUUGCGUGUGACUUGAGACGUGGAAAAGAGAUGCACGCAUAUGUCUUAAAACACCGUUACAAUUGGGUAAUUCCUGUUUGUAAUGCACUAAUUCAUACAUACUCGAAAUGUGGAUGCAUUGCAUAUGCAUAUUCUGUGUUUUCCACCAUGGCUGUGAGGGACUUGGUUUCAUGGAACACAAUUAUCAGCGGAUUUGGAAUGCAUGGCCUUGGCCAAACUGUUCUAAAGCUUUUGCAAGAAAUGAGGGAUGCAGGCAUUAGCCCGGAUUCGGUAACAUUUUCAUCUGCCCUCUCGGCUUGCAGUCAUUCAGGACUUGUGAAUGAAGGGAUUGAACUCUUCUACAGAAUGAUAGAGGAAUUCAGCUUAAACCCAGCAAAGGAACACUUCUCUUGUGUUGUUGACAUGCUAGCUCGCGCUGGCAGGCUUGAAGAUGCUUUUCAUUUCAUUAACAAGAUGCCACUGGAACCAGAUAAACAUGUUUGGGGAGCUUUACUUGCAGCAUGCCAAGAGCACCAAAAUGUUAGCGUCGGCAAACUGGCUGCUGAAAAAUUGAUCGAUUUAGAACCUCAAGAAGCUGGUCAUUAUGUGACAUUGUCCAAUAUAUAUUCAAAAGCUGGAAGAUGGAAUGAUGCUGCAAGAAUUCAUCAGAAAAGCAUUACAAAGCAUUACAACGUAGUUUUCAGUUGUUCGCUAAGAAAAUGUUGUAAGGAGCAUUUAGGUGUUAGAUGA